AUGCUAGAUAGUCUUCAAUUCUCUGCAUCAUUAUGCUCUCUGCACCUGUCUCCAUUGACACUGCCCCCCCAUCCUUCCAUGUUUAUUCUGCUUGGAAUUCCUGGGAUGCAAGACCAGCACAUUUGGAUUGCCAUCCCCUUCUGCUCUAUGUAUAUCGUUGCUCUGGUGGGCAGUGGAACUAUCCUCUACAUCAUCAUGACAGACAAAGCUCUGCAUAAGCCAAUGUACCUUUUCCUGUGCUUACUCUCUGUCACUGACCUGGUACUCUGUUCAACUACAUUGCCCCAAAUGCUAACAGUCUUCUGGCCGAGGUCUCACAUAAUUUCUUAUCAUGGCUGUCUUACUCAGAUGUUUUUUGUUCAUGCUGUCUUUGCCACAGAGUCAGCUAUUCUGCUGGCCAUGGCUUUUGACUGCUAUGUGACUAUCUGCUGUCCUCUUCAUUACACAUCCAUCCUCAGUGGGAAAAUUGGACUGACCUGUGUGAUUCGUGGUCUUUUCUUUGUUUUCCCCUUUGUCAUCCUCAUUGAACGCUUACCCUUCUGUGGACAUCACAUAAUCCCUCACAUUUACUGUGAGCACAUGGGCAUAGCCAAGCUGGCUUGUGCUAGCAUCAAGCCCAGUAGUAUUUAUGGUCUCAUGGUGACAAUUUCAAUCACUGGCAUGGUUGUGGUCCUCAUUGCCACUUCCUACUUUCUGAUCCUGCAGGCUGUGUUGUGCCUUUCUUCCAAAGAUGCCCAGUUUUGUGCAUUUAGCACUUGUGGAACCCACAUUUGUGUGAUUCUUGCUUUCUACAUCCCUGCCUGCUUUUCCUUUUUUACCCACCACUUUGGCCACCAAGUACCUCCUCAAGUCCACAUUAUACCUGCAAAUCUCUAUCUCCUCGUGCCUCCUAUUCUUAACCCCUUAGACUAUGGCAUCAACACCAAACAGAUCCACCUUCGAAUAUUUGACUUUUUUGGAGGGAGGGAGUAA